AUGCAGCUCGCCCUCUUCUCCAUCGCAGCCCUCAUUGCGAGUGGAUCUGCGCUGACUCUUGCCGUUGAGAAAUACGCUGCUUCUACAACAGAUAUCGGCUCAAUCCUCAAGACCAUGGACCAGACAAAACUCAAUAUCCCACCCGCAGCGCGUGCAGUGAUGAAGAAGAUGCCCGAGAAGCCUAGCGAGGUGACUGUCGGCGACAAGGCCGCCAUUGAUGCGUGUAUUGCAUCGGGCGAUUCCUUUGCGCAGCUCGCAUGCAAUGCACAGAAGGAUCAGUUGACGGUGCUGCUACAGAAGGUUCGCGUUUCAAACGAUAACAUGUCGAACUUUGUCGAUGCUGCGAAGAAGAUGGGAGCCAAGGUGGAGAAGGAGUAG